GUCUUCUUCCUACGGAAGUUUAGAGCAGCACAGAAUUACAGCAGCGGAGAUGGAUUUCUCUCCGAUGACGGAAGCGUUGGCUUCGAAAUCGUUCGAGAAGAUCGCCGAUAUCUGCGACAACCUCAUGCUUCAGGCAGCAGCGGAGGGCAUUGCUUUUCAAGGGGAAUGGCCUUUUGCAGUCCAUCUUCUGGGUUACAUCUUUGUUAAUGAUAUUAACAGUGCACGAUUUCUUUGGAAGUCAAUACCUUUAGCAAUCAAGGAGAGUCAACCAGAAGUUGUUGCAGCUUGGAAAAUCGGACAGAAGCUGUGGGUGAGGGACUAUGCUGGUGUGCAUGAGGCCCUUCGUGGGUUUGAUUGGAGUCAGGAAGCACAGCUUCUCGUAUCUGCAUUUACUGAGCUGUAUGGUAAGAGGAUGUUUGAGCUGCUUGUAUCUGCUUAUUCGACAAUAAGCAUCCAAGACACAGCUCUAUUUCUUGGAAUGAAUGAGGAAGAUGCGACAAAUUAUGUAUUACAGCAAGGUUGGGCUCUGGAUCCUGCUUCUCGAAUGCUAACCGUGAAGAAGCUACCUGUUGUGACGGAACAGAGACUAGAUCCUAACAAACUGCAGCGCUUGACAGAAUAUGUAUUCCACCUUGAACACUAAUCAAAGUUUUGGAGCUUAUGUGCUGUGCUGCUGAACUGAAUCAAGUUCUAUGGUAUUUCUAGUUGAUGGAAACAAAUGCUUUAAAUACCAAAAUCUAGGCGCUUCUGUUGUUGUUUUGGUUCAAAUGAAUUUGUCUUAACCCAUGGGAAAUAACUUCAUCAUUUACUUUUCCUAACAAUAUACUGAAGGUGUAAAGCAUGUUUUAUUUAACGAGUAGUUUGUUGUUCAACUAUUUAUAAUUAUGAUGCAAUUUGCAAUCCUUGGAAAAUUCAUUGAUUAAUUAACUGGUGUUCAACAA